AUGGCUUCACGCACACAAACCGCCCUUCUCCUCACCGCUGAGCGAGGCGAAUUCCAGCUGGGGAGCAGACCCGUCCCUUCACCCAAGGCUGACGAGGUCCUCGUCCGGAAUGUCGCGUCCGCGCUGAACCCUUUCGACUGGAAGGUCCAGACAACAGGGUUUAUGGGGCCGAAAGUGUACCCUGCCGUGCUCGGCUUCGAGGGUGCUGGUGUUGUUGAAGAGGUCGGGGAAGGCAUUGAAGGGCUCAAGAAGGGCGAUCGCGUAGCGCACUCGAGUGUCGCGUACGGUGAGGGACAGACGUUCCAGCAGUAUAGUAUCACCAGGGCGGACAUCGUCGUGAAGAUACCCGACUCAAUCACUUUCGAGCAAGCUGCAACUGUGCCCGCGGCUUUCUUCACCCCAGCUGUGGGAUUCUACCACAACCCUCCAUACGGAAUCGGGCUCUCCGAGCCAUGGACGACUGAGGGCCAAGGGAGGUACACGGGCGAGGCGGUCUUGAUCGUGGGCGGGUCGACGCAGAAUGGGCUAGCAGCGAUCCAACUCGCAAGACUUUCAGGCUUCUCACCCAUCCUCACCACCGCCUCGGCGAAGCACUCCAGCCUUCUUCGGUCCCUCGGUGCGACGCACAUUCUCGACCGCUCUCUCGCCGGCCUGGCACUCCGCGCCGAAAUCGAGAAAGCGACGGGCGGCAAGGCGCUUACCGUUGCAUACGACGCGGUGGGCGACGCGGCGACGCAGCAUGCCGCGUUCGAUGCGCUUGCCCGUAAUGGACGGCUCGUGACAGUAUUACCGUCGAACAUUCCAGAAGAGAAGGUGAAGGAGGAAGGCAAAGAGGUGGUGUUCGUUAUCGCACACAUUGACGCAGAGCACAAUCGCGGGAUCGCUUCAAGGCUCACGGCAGCGCUACCUGGACUACUUGCGAGCGGAGAACUUAAGACUGGAACACCCGAGGUCAUACUUGGAGGACUUGGAGCAGUACCUGACGCGCUUAAGAGGUUGCAAGCAGGUGGAGCCAGCGGUGUCAAGUUUGUUGUUAACCCUUGA